CCAAUAAGGGAAGCGCAGGUGGUGGGGGUAGUACAUCCUGGAGACGUAAGGUGCCGAAGCUUCUGCCGCGCCCCUCUCGGGACCGGUUUCUGAAGCUGACAGGAUGAAUGUAGGGGUGGCGCACAGCGAAGUAAAUCCCAACACACAAGUGAUGAAUAGCAGGGGCAUCUGGCUGGCCUACAUCAUCUUGGUAGGACUGCUGCAUGUGGUUCUACUCAGCAUCCCAUUCUUCAGCAUUCCUGUUGUCUGGACCCUGACCAACGUCAUCCAUAACUUGGCAAUGUAUGUCUUCCUACAUACAGUGAAAGGAACACCCUUUGAGACACCUGACCAAGGAAAAGCUCGACUACUGACACACUGGGAACAGAUGGACUACGGACUCCAGUUUACCUCUUCCCGCAAGUUCCUCAGCAUUUCUCCUAUUGUACUCUACCUCCUGGCCAGCUUUUACACCAAGUAUGAUGCUGCUCACUUUCUUAUCAACACAGCCUCAUUGCUGAGCGUACUACUGCCUAAGCUGCCCCAACUCCAUGGGGUUCGUCUCUUUGGCAUCAACAAAUAUUGAGUAAUGGGGCUGGAAGCAGCUCCACAGGCGUGGGGAAGGCACUGGAACAAAGGGCUAGACCAUCCUUCCCUCUUUCUCAUACCGUCUUCUGUAUUUUGAAAGACUGAGAACUACACCACCUCUCCCAUUCUCACGAGAGAAGAGACUAAAGAAUAGAGUACUGGGGCCCAGUCCUACUAAGGGCAAAUUUCUCUGAAUCAGGAAAGGCAGGUGACAUAAGGGCCAGAUCACUCAUCGUAGCGGAAACCAUGUCUGGGUAACUUGUUUAGUGUAUCUGAAUCUUCUACCCAUACCACCACCUUCCAGCUCUGUUUUACUGUGUAUUUUCUUUACAAUAAAGGUCAUUUUUCAACUAUG